AUGCUCAGUUCCUUAAUUUCAAGUAUAGCAUUUUUCUUAAUAGCUGUCAGUGCCCAUGGUGGUGGUGGUGAAUAUGUCCAUUAUGGUGGAGGUAUACCAGUUUAUGCUUGUAAUCUUCAAAUUAAUCGUGAAGUUCUGUUCUGUCCAAAACCAUUCAAUUAUAGUUGCUUGUGUACAAAUGAGAAUGCCCUUGCUACUUAUGCUGGUUGUCUUGCAUACAAGAAUAGGAUCUCGGAAGCGGCUCUUCAUCAAAUGGGUGAAUUCUGUGAAAAUGGUAACGUUGAACUUGAGCAUGAUUGGAUUGAUUCUGCUCUUGAAAGAUUUAAUAAGUAUGCCAAAAGUGCACGUGAAAUUGAAGGCUUUAAUAGAAGUAUACCCAUUAAUGUUCCUUUCAUAUUGAAUGAAACAUCCAUGAAUAGAUUUAAUGAUGCUUAUUCAAUUUUCUUGGGCAAUUACGAUGACUCCUUAUUCUAUGGUACUUCUACUUUAAUGUAUUGGUUAUUAAUCAUUGUUAUAGGAGCUAUCACAAACUGGACUAAAUUUUUAUUCCCAGGGUUCACAAAGAAACUUACCAAUCCCGUUAUUAACUUCUGGAGAAAGCACGUUUCAAUGCCUGCAGCAUUUGGAAGAAAGAAGUCAGAAGAGCAAGGGUUCUGGAAAAUAUUUGAUUGGUUAUUACCUUCCCGUUUUGAAUCGAUUGUCAUUUUCCUUUUCUAUGUCUUUGUUGUUGUGAUCCAUUGUAUCAAUAUCACUGCCAUAGAUCAAGAUCCUGUCUUCCUUACCAAAUAUGAUGCAGAAUUAAGAUAUGUUUCUGAUAGAACAGGUAUUGUUGCUACUAUUAUGAUGCCAUUGACUAUCUUGUUUGCUGGUCGAAACAACUUUUUACAGUGGAUUUCUGGUUACAACUAUACUGCUUUCAUGGCAUAUCAUCGUCAUACUGCCAGAAUCAUGUUUGUUUUAGUAGUUAUUCAUGCUGUUGGUUUCAGUAUUCUCCUUGGAGAACGUUAUGCUGCAGAUAUGAAAGAAGAAUACUUGAUUUGGGGUACUGUUGCUACGGUUGCUGGAGGGAUCAUUUUAGUUCAAGCUAUGUUGUUCUUUAGAAGAAGAUGGUACGAAAUCUUCUUGUUGAUACAUAUUGCCAUGGCUGUACUUUGGGUGGUCGGUACCUGGAUUCAUGUUGAAGAAUUGGGUUAUAUCUGGUUCGUUUAUCCUUCUGUAGCUGUCUGGGCGUUGGAUAGAGCUGUUAGAAUCGGACGUUUAGUUGCAUUCGGUUUCCCAACAUCUGAUGUUAUUUUGCUUGCUGAUGAAACCAUUAAGGUUGUCGUUCCAAAGCCAAGCUAUUGGAAAUCAAUUCCUGGUGGUCAUGCCUUCAUUCAUUUCUUAAAGCCAACUUAUUUCUGGCAAUCACAUCCAUUCACUUUCACUGAAUCCGUUGAAGAAAAGAAUAAUAUUGUCUUGUACGUCAAGGUUAAGGGAGGUAUCACUCAUAGUUUGUACCAAUUGUUAACUAAGGCCCCAGGUAAGGCUAUAAAGAUGAAAGUGGCCAUCGAAGGUCCAUAUGGUGAACCAACUGCUGCUAGAACUGCCGAUACUGCUGUCUUCGUUGCUGGUGGUAAUGGUAUCCCAGGUAUUUACUCGGAAGUUCUCGAUAUUGCUUUAAGAGCUGGUCAAAAUAGCAACAAGGUCUUAAAAUUGGUUUGGGUUGUCAGAGAAUAUAGAUCAUUAUUCUGGUUUUACGAACAACUUGUAAGCUUGAAGAAUGUCAACAUAGAAACUACAAUUUAUGUCACCAAACCAAAUAACCUUGUGUGUGUAGAAGAAUUCCGUUCUAGAUUUGCAAGUUCAGAUAUAAGCUCCGAAGAUACAAGUGAAAAGAACUCGUCCAGAGAGAAAUUGGACACCUGUGAUGAUCAAGAGAAAGAGAGAAUACUUGAGUUGGUAAAAUCCGAAUUAUCCCAUAUCCAGUUCAAAGAAGGUAGACCAAAUAUUGAAGAACUUGUUCGUGAUGAAGUUAAUCAUUCUGCUGGUUCAAUUGGUUUUGUAACAUGUGGUCAUCCAAUUAUGGUCGAUGAACUUAGAUAUUAUUGUGCCCAAAAUAUUAGUAACCCAAAUAAAAAUAGAGUUGACUUCUAUGAACAGCUUCAAGUUUGGGCUUAG